CCGCGCGCACUCGGUUGCCGCGGGCGGUUUAUUUUUAGAGCGAAUGGGGGGGAGCAGCUCUCAGCUCGAGGCGAGCCGGGCAGUGGGCUGCUCGUUGAACUGGACAGUGAUCUUCGCUGGAAUUCGAGCCAUGUUAACGGAUUUCACGAGAUUGAUUGUCGUAGAGGUUUUUCAUUUCAUCCUUGGACCGUGUUUCUGAAAUUCGGGAUCAGGAGGCGCUGCUGUCUGAAUAUGUGUUUAUGCUUUGGUUGAUGCCGUUCAGAAUUGAAACGGCUGCUUGUGUGACGGCAGCGCCGCUAGAGUGGCCUGCGGGUCUCUGUUGAUUUCUGCAACCGUGGUGUGGGCACCGGACUGCAUCAUACAUGCAGUGCUCUUGGCUGGGCAUUUGUUUUCACAGCGUGCUGGCUUAGAUUAGUCACUGAUGAACUAACAUGGUGUAUGAAUGCAGAUUAUUCGGGUGGGGGAUGUGCCUGGACAAGCGAGCGUAGUUAAUUAGCUAUUAAUGCUGCUGUUUUUGGCUUUUUGCAGUGAACAGUCGGUACAGGGUAGAACUGCUUAAUAAUACACAUCAGUCUGAUUUUCAGGUUUUAAGCCUGGAAGAUUACCAAGACCCAAGGGUAUUGCCUGAGCAGAGAAGAGUUAAUGAAAAAGCAUUGUUGAUCCAUAAGCAAGGGAAUUGUGGUUGGCAUCAUGCCACAUAGAAAUAUGUGUUGGACACAUCAGGGUGAUAAUCUUGAAUCAGAGGAAGGACAAGCUCAGCCUGAAAAUUACAGUAAUGGUGGCACUGGGAGUAAUUUAUCCAAUCAGGGCGUGCAAGUUGCUCUUGGAGUUCCAGGAAAUACUACUAGUGAUGGAGUCCGUGACUCACGGGGUUACUAUGAGAGCAUUAAUAAUCAGCGCCAGCAUGCUCAGAAUUUAUACCCAUAUGGAGGCGUUGAUCCGAGUUUUGUCUACCCAUCGACUAUGUACAAUCCCGGUAUGCCAACACCAUCUGUGAACAGAUAUGUUCCUCAUGCAAGUUUUGGACAGGGCAAUCCACCACCCUCACCUUCAUAUCAUCAAGUUGCCACAGGAACUAGGGAUGAGAGUGGCAGCAGUAGCAGUUUUGGUGAUGCUGCCAGAGAAUCCAUGAAAAUGAGGAAUGCUGUAACCGAGAGUGGCCAUCAUUUUGAUCAUGGAUUUGCAAGCUCGAGUUCAUCUGCUCAUGUGCCUCAGAAUCCUGCACAAGGGACAUGGGGUGCUUCAUUUGAAUCACAUGGUGCACCAAAUGGCUCUUCUGCUGAUGGACCGAACAGGGCAACACCAAUGGCUACUCACCCAGCAUUGGCGCGUCAUGGUAACUAUGUAUUUCCAGCUGGUCACAUGGUCCAGGGCAAUGCAUGGACUACACACCCUGCAAAUAUUAUUGCUGACGGAGUCCCACACUGGGCAUACAACAAUGCACUCCACAAUCCUUCAGGUCAGUUUGCUCAUCCAGGAACAAUGGGCAUGCCAAAUGGUAGUCUUCAAGACUAUCAAGCUGGCCCUUCUGCUACUUUUCAUGGGCCUUUACCUCAUUUCAACCAGAUUCCUGUGCAUAGCACGCAAACUCCUGCUAUGCUUAAUCAUAUUCAGAUGCAAGGGCCUCAGCGUCAGAGCAAUGUAGUGCAAGGUGCUAACCCUUCUGGAAUGGUGCAAGGUGCAAACCCUUCUGGAAUGGUGCAAGGUGCAAACCCUUCUGGAAUGGUGCAAGGUCCAAAUCCUGCUGGAAUGGUGCAAGGUGCAAAUCGUUCUCGAAGGGCGUUCACCUGGGAUCCAUGUCUGCCUUUCUCCAGUUCUGGACAUACUAACGGACCUCCAGUUCAUGCAUUUUUUACAGAUCAAGUUUACAAUGGGAGUCUAAGACUUCUUCAGCAAGCUGCUAUGGCGACUAUGUCAACAUUUUAUGAUGCAAUACAUCUUAUUGACGAACAAUGGGAUAUGGGGCUAGAUAUAGACAGCAUGACCUAUGAGGACCUUCUAGCAUUGCAAGAACAGAUUGGAGAUGUCAAUACCGGUUUGCCAGAAAGGUACAUCCAUCAAAAUCUGAGGGUACAUCAGUAUGUUGUUCCCAGGGCAGCUCGCGGGUCCGAUCAGUCUGUGGAGAAGGAUGCUUGCAUCAUAUGCCAGGAGGAGUUUGAGGCGAGAGACCUUGUAGGAACCCUCGACUGCGGUCACAAGUACCAUGAGGCGUGCAUCAAGCAGUGGCUGAUGGUGAAGAACUUGUGCCCCAUCUGCAAGGCAACAGCUUUGCCAGCAGAGUGAAGCAGCGGGUGACCGGCGCCAAUAAACCAUUUGCCGCAGCAGUGACUGAGAUUCAGCUCAGUUUCUUGUACAUAAGAGAUGUUGGAUGAUUGUGUUAUUUACCUGUAAUUUCCUGUUCGGUUUGUUGUGGACAUAGCCUGCCCCAAAACUGUAUAGCCAGAGAAUGGUUUCAUUUCCUAGACUGCUCUUAGACCCCCCCAUGGUGCCUGAACUUCUCUCAUCAUGGUUUUCCUAUUGCCCGUUUUAUCUAUUUGUACAUUGUAAUUAGACCUAUAUAUUUCCCUUUGCCAAAAAUCAGAAUUGAGAACUCAAAUGGUUCUUUCUUCUGGAUGUUCUAUA